UCAAAACAGCCCCUAGGUAUUCGGCUAUUCCCGGUUGUGCAGUCAAAGUGAAAAUGUCAACCUUCUCUGCUCAUCCAAAUGAAAUCAACAAAGUGAAAGUUUUGGUGGUUGGUGAUUCUGGGGUUGGCAAGACAUCCCUUGUUCAUCUCCUGGUGAAUGGUGAAGUACUCACAAAAUCCUCAUGGACAAUAGGUUGCAGCGUUGAGGUCAAGAUCCAUGAGUAUCGGGAAGGUUCUCCGGGUCACCGACCAUAUUUCGUGGAGCUCUGGGAUAUUGGUGGCAACAACAGCCAUAAAUCUACACGCCACUUGUUCUACACUUCAGUUCAUGGAAUAAUCUUGGUGCACGAUCUUGCCAACCGUAAAAGUCAACAGAACUUGAGGCAGUGGCUGGUUGAAGUUCUGCUCAAGGAGAAAAGCAACCCGGGCUCCAGGGACGCUUUGGUUGAUAACUUCGACGCUGAGCAAUUUGGUGCCUUGGCUAAAGUUUACAGAGCUAAUAAGAUCCCAGUGCUGGUGGUGGGGACGCGUCUGGAUGACCUGGCAGAGACCCGCCCCACUGCCUCCCUCCCCCGCACCUCCCCAGCCUUCUCUGCCUCCUCCCUGGCAGACGCCUGCAGUGCUGAUGAACUCAGUGUUAGCUGCCUGGACGUGCGGUCUGUGGCCCCAGGGUCGGGAAACGCUGUGAAAUUAUCGCGGUUUUUUGACCGCGUCAUCGACGGCCAAAUUCACUGCAAUGGCCGGCCGGGGCCGCUCUACUCCGGCCAACCAAACUACGGCCUUAAAAUGAGAUAUCCUUGACAUUUAUAGGCAGGCUUAUGACUUUGUUUGAAUAUUUUUAUACGUGAAUGGGAUACCCUUGACAAUAAAAUU